AUGGUGAGGGGCUCGAUCGGUGGAGGGAGUUGCUAUGAGGGCGACAUGGAUUAUAGCAAUAUACAGAAGAGGAUUGCUGAGACAUAUAAGGGUGAACUGCUUUUGUUUUUACUUUUUGAGAAAGCAUAUAAGCUGAAUAUAGUGCCCAGCAAAAUUGACAGCCAUGAGAUAUUCAAAAUCAAGUGUUUAAGCAAGGAAACAAAGAUCGAGUUCUAUAGAUUUCAAAAAUUGCAAAAAAAGGGAUCUGAGAAUACGGCAACAAGCUGCUCCUUCCCAGGGAGGAAGCCACCAAGACUCACCGAGUCCUCGUUGGUGACGGGGAGCACCCAGGAGGCGUCGGGAGGAGCUACAGCUGCCGGGAUGUACGAGCGGGUGGAGGCGACGCGGCCAGAGGAGCAGCGCCCGGAGGCGAUGCGUGAUCUUGAGAUCUCUGAAGCCCUCGGGCCGCCGGCUGCAACGGCGCUCUCGGCCUCGAGCUCGGGGAUGGAGCCGUAG